UCACCAAAUCCGAAUGAAGGAAGGAGAUGAAUGGAAGAAUGCCUUCAAGACGAAGCAUGGCUUAUACGAGUGGAUGGUGAUGCCCUUUGGUCUUACUAAUGCGCCAAGCACAUUCAUGAGGUUGAUGAACCACGUGUUAAGAGCUUUUAUUGGGAAGUUCGUGGUUGUCUACUUCGAUGACAUUCUGAUCUAUUCGAAGAACAUGGAGGAACAUCUUGAGCAUUUGCGAGAAGUGUUGAAGACUUUGAGGAAGGAGCAGCUCUAUGCCAAUCUGAAGAAGUGCACAUUCUGUAACUCGAGGGUGGUAUUUUUGGGAUUCAUAGUAAGUGCCAAUGGUGUUGAGGUCGAUGAAGAGAAGGUGAAGGCAAUUCAAGCAUGGCCUACCCCGACGAACGUGAAUGAAGUGAGGAGUUUUCAUGGGUUGGCUGGUUUCUAUCGACGAUUUGUUCCAAAUUUUAGCACCAUUGCCGCCCCAUUGACAUCCAUUAUCAAGAAGAAUGUGACAUUUUAUUGGGGAGAAGAGCAAGAGAAGGCAUUCGAGCUACUCAAGUACAAACUCACUCAUGCUCAUGUUCUGAUGCUACCUGAUUUUGACAAAACUUUUGAAGUGGAGUGUGAUGCAUCAGGAUUGGGAAUUGGAGCUGUAUUGAUGCAAGAGAAGAAGCCUAUCGCUUACUUUUGCGAAAAAUUGAGUGGAGCUACGCUUAACUAUCCUACCUACGAUAAGGAGCUCUAUGCAUUGGUUCGAGCCCUAGAGACAUGGCAGCACUAUUUGUGGCCCAAAGAAUUCAUGAUCCAUACUGACCAUGAGUCUCUCAAGUAUUUGAAGGCCCAACACAAGUUAAACAAGAGGCAUGCUCGUUGGGUGGAGUUUAUUGAGUCAUUCCCCUACGUGAUCAAGUAUAAACAAGGCAAGGAGAAUGUGGUUUCUGAUGCUUUAUCAAGGAGAUACACGUUGAUCACUACUAUGGAUGCUAAGUACCUUGGAUUUGAGCAAAUCAAGGCUGCUUAUGAAGGGGAUUUCGACUUUGGAGAAAUUUACAAGGCUUGUGAGAAGCAUGGAGAAGGGAAGUUCUACCGAAGAGAUGGUUAUCUCUUUCGAGGUAAUCAAUUGUGUAUACCUAGAACAUCACUUCGAGAGCUUUUGUUGAAGGAAGCUCAUGGAGGAGGAUUGAUGGCUAACUUUGGUGUAGCCAAGACGCUAAGUUGUUUACAAGAGCAUUUCUAUUGGCCUCACAUGAAAGGAGACAUGGAGAAUUUAUGUGCAAGAUGUGUGGAGUGCCAGCAUGCUAAAUCGAAGAUGCAACCAUCAGGGUUGUACACACCACUACCUAUUCCUUAUGCACCAUGGGUCGACAUUUCAAUGGAUUUCGUGCUAGGAUUGCCGAGGACAAGAAGAGGCAGGGAUUCAAUUUUUGUGGUGGUGGAUAGUUUCUCGAAGAUGGCACAUUUCAUUCCAUGCCAUAAGACGGAUAAUGCAAACAAUGUGGCUGAUUUGUUCUUCAAGGAGAUCGUGAGAUUGCAUGGAAUGCCGCGUACCAUUGUGUCUGAUCGAGAUGCAAAGUUUCUGAGCUAUUUUUGGAAGACGUUGUGGAGUAAACUCGACACAAAGCUUCUGUUUUCGACAACUUGUCAUCCUCAAACGGAUGGACAAACUGAAGUGGUCAAUCGUACUCUAUCCGAAAUGCUACGAGCCAUGAUCAAGAGCAACAUCAAAACUUGGAAAGAUUGUCUACCACAUGUCGAGUUUGCCUACAAUCGAGCUAUGCAUUCAACCACAAAGCAUUCACCUUUCGAGCUCGUGUAUGGGUUCAAUCCACUUGCACCAUUGGAUUUGACACCUCUGCCAUUGAAGGAACAAGUCAACAUGGAUGGAGCAAAGAAGGCCGAAUUGUGAAGAAUCUCCAUGAGAAAGCAAGAUUGAACAUCGAGAGAAGGACGGAGCAAAUCAUGAAGAACGUCAAUCGAAAUAGGAAGCCUCGAUCGUUUGAAGCUGGAGAUUGGGUGUGGGUGCACAUGAGAAAGAAAAGGUUCCCUUAUCA